GCACCGCACUCACUGCACCACAUCGUCUGCACUCCACUGCACAAGGCACAGGCCACUGAGAUAGGAGACCUUUAGCAACAUUCUGACACGAGAACCAAGCCAAAAACGGGCCCAGAGAGAGAGGCAGGAAGCGAGGAAAGGCAAGUAGAUUAUGGGGUCGUCGUGGUAAGAGGGAAGCAGGCGAUUGGGAUUAGCCACCAACCACCACUUAGGAUUAGCACUCAACUCUACCAACAAUCUCGGCAUAUCUUUGGGGUAGGAGAGACACGAUAACACAACACCUCCAACACUUGCGAGUAUAUAAGGCACACCCGCUCCUCAACUCGGCUCAGUAUCUCAACAACAACACCAUUGAUCACCUCCUCCAAAGUAACUUGUGACUUUUUUUGAAAAUUGUCAAGUCCCCUGCAAACAAGAUCAGUGCUCAUUUCACACCCUCUCGAAACACACAAGUUUCAUCAAUCGGACACCUGCCCUGGGCAUGGGCUGCAAAAGUUUUUCCUGAGAAUUAUUGGGUUCGAGACAACUGGAAUCUGGACAACUUGAGAUUUUUGGUCAGCACAACCAGGUCAUCCGACAGCCUGCUACCAAUUUAUCUACAACGUUUCAUCUACAAUCCUUUAUUUCCCAGCCCCGUUUCAUCAAACCCCUAUUGAAUAUCAAGCUGCUGAUUAUUAACCGAUUUUGCCCCGCACUAUUAAUUCUAUUAAAACCGACCUCUCAACAAGUUGGAACAUUGAAUGGAUUCUUGCCAAGGGGAAAGUUUUGACCUGAUGCCAAAAAGAGCCGAAGGCAAUUAAGAUAUUUGGAAACCCAAGCAAUCUUCAAUCGCCAACGAAGCAACCAAAACCAAUUUUUUCCAGCCACAUCACACUUCUCCCCAAAUCGACGCUUUUCCCCUUCCAUAUCCUGAACGGACGGAUGACGUUGGAACCUUGAUGAGUUUUGUUGGAGGCAACUAAUUCAUAUCUUACACCAACAACCAGGCAUAUCUAAUUCACCAUUAUCAACCCAACCAAGUACACAUAAUCUAACAUACAUAUACCAACCAACUUAACCCUUCUCAUCAAAAGAGUAGAAUUCCACCGUCGUCUUCCAAACCAAAGAAAUCACAUGUCUGCGUAAGGUAUAUAAAAAAUGUACUCAUCUUCGACAAUAAAUGUUAAUUCAUGGGCACAUUUUCGAAAUUAUUCGCGAGUCACAAAAUUGGAAUCCAGACAAUAAUAUGAACGCCAAAAGUUUUGCGAUUUUACAGUUGAAAAAUUAAAUUAUCAUUAUUGAGGACAAUAUGAAAUUUGCGAAAGGUCGUACUUAAAAAAAUUAAACACAAUUCAGGAUCAAUUUGGACAAUACAAAAAAAUCGAAUAUAUCUACAAACAAAUUAUAAUCUUUAUAAACAAUAGCUUCAAGUAAUUCCCGAACCAGAAUCUGAUUAAGAUUAACGAAUCUCUUAGUGACAUAAAAAAAGUGAAUUAAGAUGGCAACGAGAAUAUCCAGUCCAAACUGGCUUCUAGCACUGAGCCUUUAUCUAGUAGCCCUAUUUUUGAACCGUGUCAUACUCCUGGGUGGAGCUGGCCGUGUCACAUCCAACUCUGUCCUGUCGCCCUAUUCUCCGUCAAACGGCCCUCAGGAUGCUCUCCUCCAAAGAAGACUUCUGAUGGGGCGUGAAGUAAUACCUCCCAUGAGUCCCAACAACAACGCCAUCCCAGGUGAGCCUUCCUGCGAUGAACUCCGUGCAAUGUGGCGUUACUACAAGCGACAAUCUCGAGCCGAGUACACCAAUGAAAUUCCACGAUUUGGGUCAAAUAUGUUUUGGGACAUUCUGCCACCUCCCCAGUCACCCCGCAUUUCCAGCUUUGUCCCCAUCAAAGGUCGAAACAAGGCUCGUCUAAAGCUGAAGAAUGCCGCAAAGUCCCCUGCAUACGGAAGAAUGGUGUACAAGCAAGAGCGAGAACGUCAAAGAAAUAAGCAGCAACAACCACCCAGCCCCAUGGAACAAGUUUCUCAGCUGAUGGGUAAAGGAACAGAGGGGAAAGAGCGUGGUGGGCCCAUCCCAGACGCCAUAAUCCACCUCAGCCCUCCAAUUACCCCAGUCCCCACGACCCCCACCAGUUUCCAGCAAAUCAAGGAGGUUUUCCGUGAAGAGAGAAUACGGGACAAGGCAGCUCCUGUUCAGGAAUCCGCCGCCCCACAGCCGCCACAGCAGAACAUGGAGAAUGGCAAGACUUUUGGACGCAUAAUCCUCGGACCUCCACGCGGCAUGGAUGGACGAGUGGCAAACAAGCCGAGAGAAUUCAUGACUCCAUUUGAGAAAAUUCGAUUUGGUCAUGCAGAUGACUUGUUGGAAGACGGAUCAAAGCCCAACAUGAACUUGAUGGCGAAAAGGAGAACUCUUCCGCUUCACCACUCCUCCAUGUACAACCGACAGGCAAGAUUUGGGUCAGUCAUGGUGGAGGACGAAGGAGACUCCUCUGGCGCUUGGAUUGACGGUGGACUCGAGCAAAUGAAUAGGUUUGAGGUGGGAGGAGGAGGAGGCGGCGGCGGCGGCGGUGGGAGCGUGACCGAUGCGAACUUUGGAAUGGAUGGCGGCAGCUGGGGAUCAUUUCCCCUGAGGUCUGAUGAGGGCUUGCUGAAUGACUAUUCUGGAGGAAUGCUUGUGGAAAUGCAGCAGCAUCCGCAACAAUUCCAAAACCUCAAGACUCUAUACUCUCGGCCCAUUCCCGAAUUGCCUCCACAGAUGGAAAGUCCCACCUGCCCAGAAGUGGAGGGUCAAGCGUGUCAAGUAAACUCGGACUGUUCCUGCGUUGGCUUUGGACUUUAUCGAUGUUACGUCAACGUGUGUCAAACGCUAUCGUUUGCUCCUGCAGCCGAAAACCCUGUGGAAGAGAUUGAAGAUGACGCGUCCUCAAUGUGGCACACGGGUCCCGUGCACAGCAGCAAAUUGGGGUUAUGGGAUGGAACUUCUCAGAAAGCGGAAGCAAAUGUUGACAUGAAUUCAGGAUUUGAUAAUCUGGUAAUGAAGAAGGCAUCCGAGAAUAAUAAUAACAUCGUCGCGGGGAGCAGCAGCAGCAUUGUCCCCUCUGCCAACAACUCGGAUGACAAAAAUGAAGCCAAGAAAAAUUGAUCCGCAUUCUUCGCAUUGGGUGUUUUUACACAAUGAGAUUGUCAACGUUGUCAUCAUCAUCACAAUAAAAAAAUGCAGGCUCAAGUUGCAAAUUGUUGUAAAUAGGCGAGUUUGUCCACUUAUUAUGUUAAAACUAUCCGUUUUAUAGGGAAUUGGAAGAUCCUGCAGGUCACACUGUAAGUAGUUAUCUCGGCGCCCUCAAACCAUAUCAGCAAAUAAAUAAUUUGUCACCCGACUUAUGUACAUCUCAUUCACAAAAUUUUAAAAGUAACAAAAAAAAUAGUUGUUAAUCUCUUGUUAAUUAAUUGAGUAUGAAAAACUGAGAUAUCGAAACUUAUCAUCAUCAUUAUCAUCAUCAUCACUGUUCACGUACAUUACAUUCUAGUACUGUUUCUUUGUAGAAGUACAUACAUAACAUGGAAAUUUGCAAAAAAUAACGACUCUCCAGUUCAUUUUCUUUUUAAGAUGGCUUCCUUAUUUAAACGUCAUUACCGAUAUAAUGGACGCUAACCCAGAACAAAUAUUUAGUUGCAAAUUAGGACUAAGAUUCAAAAUUUUUUCCAUCUUUUUAUUAAAAAUAUACAGAACUGGAAAGUAACAUUCGACAAUACUCCAUUUCCUAAUCAAAUUUUACGCCAUUGUUUGCGCAAAAAAAAUCUGGAACAUUUAGAUGAACGCCAUCGGCAGAAAUAGGGUAACAAUUAGUUAAAUGAUCAGAGUGUACACAGAAAAGAAAAAACGUUAAAUUAUUAUAAUCUAAAUUACUUGAUGGUUCUUAUUACGGGCAAGAUUUAGUGCUAUCUUGUAACAUAGUAAACUAAUUCCGAUUGAUAAGCAAAACAAAGUAUUUACUACUAAACUACAGUAUGUGUCUGCCUUUCUAAGACAAUAAAACUUUCUCUGGAAAUGAGAAUUUUCGAGUAAUGUACAUGCUAUAGAGGAGAGAAAGGACGUGGUCACGUGGUUCGUUCUGGUCACAACUUACUCAAAACUAUUCAACACAUAACAUGUGAUGAUGAUAGUCUUGUGCUUGUGUUUGUAACAAGUUGAAAAAUAAUGUACUCCUCACAUUACUAUUUUCAAUCGUAAUAUAACUACUACUUAACUAGUGCUAUAUGUAAAAUAUGUUGUAUUAUAUGCAUAAAAAGUGUACAUAUUAUAAUACUAAAUACUUUAUCUACUUAUGUAAAUGCCCGUUCCAUAAGCGACGAGCUGUAUCUGCUUCUGUAGACAAUACUUUGGAAAAAAUUCCGACGUUUGAAGAAAACUCCCGGAUACUUCUGACCAUUGUUCAUGAGCCAAUAUGCAUGCAAGAUAAGUUGUAGUUGGAAAGGUAAACAGCAUUAUUGUAAUUUUGAAUUUUAUGUAGCAGUCAUAAAGUAGAAAUGUUAUACUGUUAUUAAUACAUGUGUAAAUACAUAUGUGUAUUUACUUAGUUGACGAGGUUGACGAAGGUGAUGAUGAAAAUUUUUGAAAUUUUUGAGCAGGAGUGAUAUUACUUCAAUUGGGACUGUUAAAGUUGACUCCAGAUUGUGAUUUGAUAAUGUACAUAAACUAUCUAGAUGGUUAAACAUAUAGCUAUAUAAUCCUAAGUAUAUAAUCCGGAAGUCCGGUAUAGACAAGUAAAAAUAUGUGUGGUGACUAAAAAUAUCUAUAUAUCUAUUUCACUGUGAGGUGUAAAGAAUAAUAAUUAAGUAAAUGAUAGAUGUAUUGCAGAUCCAAAACUAUGUAAUAUCAUAAAAUUUUAAAAUUUAUCGCCACCUCUGGAAAAUUUCCCAACCAGUUGUCCAGUUGCAUGGAAUGGAAACUCCGACUAAUAUUUACAUUCUUAUAUAGCAUAACUUUUGACUGAGAUUUAGUAACUAUGAUAAGUAGUUCGUUACAUUAUUGAGGCAAUUCACGUAGUCCUUGGGAAACACGGUAAAAUCCGUAAACUUACAAUUGCUAACAAAAAUUUACGAAAAUUUCCAGAGAAAAUCAGCUUGCAUUGCAAACCUUUGCAAGCUUAGCCAGAUGAAGGGCGUCUUUUUAUUUUGUAAACCUCACGGAUUUUGCAAUGUUACCAAGGACUGGAUGAAUUUCUGAAUUGCAUUUUAAAUUUUCACAGUAUUAGAACCUUUAUCAAGUGUGAAAUUGAUUGAAAGCUUUACAUAUUAUGUAAAAUCAAAAAAAAAUAUUGUUGUACAUUAAUGGUUAAUUAUAAUAUUUCCUUUGCGUACCUAAUAAAAACAAGUAAUGGUGCUUUUAGUAUUGUGUAUAUUCGAGAAUAAAUGUGAUGAACUAUCCGAUUAGAAUUUUAAUGUUGUUACAUAAUUAAUUAAUUAAUUAAUUAAUUAAGUUGUUGGUGCUCCGUCAAGUGGGAGCAUUGAUUCAAGUUUAAUGGAGUCUUACGUAGUGAUAUUCAUGUACAUGAAUUGUACAAAGGAAUUACCAUUGGUUUUAAAAUUGUCCUGCAUUGGGGUUUAUCAAUUACUGUUAUUUAUGUGUUUGUUAGUUAUCUUGAUUGUACGUAGUUUCACCACAUAAGUUUCCGGUCUGAAUGAAUCACAAUUACUCAUGGGUAAAGUAUUAUGUAACUAAAGCAUGAAUGAAUUCACAUAUCUUGUACAUCGUAAUUACAAAGUAUAAAGCUCCUUAAUAAAGUUAAGAGAUCCACUA